AUGAAGGGCAUCUCCCCACCGCCAGCAAGACAUCGAGAACGACAACCAUCGCCCAUGAGACGACCACCAGGUGAACCACGUAUUGAUCCAAGAACAAAUCGACCACCUCCACCACAAACUCUUCAACCCUCCCCUGCAGAACACCCAAACCUCGUUAUACCUCCAGCCUUUGCACCGCCGACAACGCCGAUUCCUGCUCGUGUUGAAGCAGGAACACAGACGGAAGAAACCACGGUCGAAGAAAUGAUUACAGAAGGACCUACAUACAGUGAAACAACAACCCAGACCGAGGAAAAGCCAGUAACUUCCGUUCCACAGGCCGAAGCAGCAACGCAAACAAAGCAAGUAAAAACCGAUAACAUCUUCGACACAGGAACCUAUGACAAAACCAAGCUCCUGAUGACAAUUGAGGAAUUUAGAGCAUUCCUGCACAGAACUCUCUACGACAAUGGUCAUUAUAGUAAUAGGAAAGAGCUAUCCAAGAUCAUCGAUGAAGCCGUAAACAUGGAGGUUUCGCUCCCAGAUGAACUCCUCACAAAGAAAGACCGCGAUCUGCCAAAGAUUUUAAAGGAUAUCUUAGACGACUACGACUACUUGCUAUGGAGACAUAACCCCUCGAAUCCAAUAUCCUCUGAAGAGAUGAAAUGCUAA